UGGAUCGUCAUCUGGCUUGACAUCGGGAAUCGGGUCAUCAGGUACCGGAUCGUCUGGAUCGACAGCGGGCACCGGGUCAUCUGGCGCUGGAUCGUCUGGCUCGACAGCGGGCAUCGGGUCACCAGGCAUGACAGCGGGCACUGGGUCAUCAGGUACCGGAUUGUCUGGCUCCACAGCGGGCAUCGGGUCACCAGGCAUGACAGCGGGCACUGGGUCAUCAGGCAUUGGAUCGUCUGGCUCGACAGCGGGCAUCGGGUCACCAGGUAUGACAGCGGGCACUGGGUCAUCAGGCAGGGCAGGCUCACCGGUUUGGAUACUGGCAGGAUGGUACUGGUUGGAAAG